CCCAUAAGAAGCAGAAAACAAACCGGAAAGAUAGAGAGUCAGAAAACUCGAAAAGUUGGUUUUAGAAAGAAAACUGAGAGAGAGAGAGAGAGAGAGAGAAAUGGAGGAUUCUUCUUCGAGGAACUGCAAGCGAUCAGACGACGGUGGAUUUGACGAAGGUGCCUGGGAUUCCGCGAGGAGCUUCUCCAAGAAGUUGAAGAAGAGCGACGAGGAUGAUAGGCUGGAAUUCGUGGAAUUGAAAUCGAGCUCCCCUCUCUCCCGGAAUUCGGACGAGAUCCCCCGACUUCGCUGCUCAUCAGCGGAGGGGAAGGCGGCUGCACCGACGACGUCGGCGUCGAAUUCGUCGUCGGCAGCUGGCGGCCGUCUCAUGUUCGACGGCGAUUUCUGCUCCGCUGCGGCCGACUCCCGCGCUUCGACCGGCGGCUGCUGCUCCAGCAAUGUAGAGUCGAGCGAGCACGAUGUGAAGGAGAGCGAAUUCGGAGCGGCAGAUCUAGAGGCUAAGAGCUACGAAACGGAAAGCUCCUCGACCUGCAUCGACAACAAAUUCAGCAGAGAAGCCUCUCCUUCCAGUCGGUUCAGCGCAGACAGCUCAGUAGAAACAGACAUGGCCGACUCCUCCGCGAAAUCGGAAACAACAACGACGGAGAAGCCGAAGACAAUUCCCACCGCCACCAAGCGCGCGCCUCCUUCCUCAACGGCGCCGGCGGGGAAGGCAAAGGAGUCUCCGAGUCAGGAAGAGAUCGACGAGUUCUUCACGGCGGCGGAGAACGAGCAGCAGAAACGAUUUACAGAGAAGUACAACUUUGACGUCGUGAAGGAUGCGCCAUUGGAGGGCCGGUACCAGUGGUUUCGUUUGAAGCCAUGAUGAGGAGGAAAAACAGAGCAAAUACCUGACCAAGUAAAAAAAAAAAUAUAUUCAGGAAAGAAAAGUGAUAGAGAGAGAGAGAUGGAGGUAGCUGUAGCUAGCUCGAGGUAACUUUCUUUCUUUGCAUCAGCAGGAAUAUAGCAUUUUUAGCUUUUUUUACUGUUAUCUUGUUUGAGUAAUUAGAAGUUAACCGUAGGGGGGGAGGUUCCAAUUAGCAAAUUUCAGUAGUGUCUUUGUGUUCUUCGAAUUUGUACAGAUUAUCCAUUUCAGUUGUUCUCGUCAAAGCUAAUCUAAUCUUAGCCGGCUUAUAAUUUUGACUGUCUGGAAUCUGUUGGCUGUAUCUGGUUUAUCUUUAUGUGCUUGGGAAGAGAAGAGGGGGGGAGAGGAUUUUGACUACUAUACAUGGCAGAGACUCUGCUUUAGCUUGCAGAAUUGCACUUGCAGGCAGGCAGGCAGGCAGGCAUUGAUUGGUUUUUGUUCCUGUGUGUGAAAAGUGUCGUUUGUUUGAGAGCCUUUUUUAGUCUUUUUUUUAGCGCACUGGUUUUUUUGUGGCCACUUUCUUUCCCUUUGGUUGUUUAUGUAGUAGAAGCUUUUGCUCUCCUCCUCUGCUUCAGUCUUCCGGCCAAAGUAUUAUUGUUUUUCUUUUCUCCCACCACCACCACUAUGACUAUUUCUUUGUUCGCUUUACCUUCUCUUUUGCUCGUUUGUCAGCUCCAGUUUGGAAUAUUCUCCCCCAAUAUAUCACGUUAUCAUUGUUUUGGGCUGAGCAUCAUUAAAAUGACGAUGGAGGGUGGGUUUGCUCUGUCUGCUAGCAGUAUAGCAUUAGUAGUAGUAGUGUGUAUUGUAUUUGAUUGUGUUGUGGGGCCCACUUGACCAGUGCCCUACUGCCCUUAUUAUUUAAUUACCUGUGUUAUUAAGUAUUUCAUACGAUUGAGGUCAUGCAGGAAGCGUUAUACAACGAUGUAUCCAUCGAUGUGUACACAAUGUAUUACCGGUUCUACAAAAUUGAUGCAAAGCGCUAAAAUGAUUACUGUGAUUACUCUGAACGACUUUUUGUGGAGAGAAAUAGAUCAGGUCUGCACACACAUGGUUGUGUCUUUGUGGAAUUGUCUCUUUGCCCUUUUCUGCCUAUUGGAAUUCAAGGUCCGGCCAUCCCCAAAACGGUAUAAUGUUAGAUUAAGUACCUGUGUUAAUUAAGUAUUUCAUACGACUGAGGUUAUGCAGGAUGUGUUAUGCAAUGAUGUCCAUUGAUUUUGUACACAACGUAUCAUCUUCCACGGAAUUGAUGCAAAAGCGUGAAAAUGAUUACUCCGAAGGACGACGUUUGUGGAGAGAAUUAGAUCAGGCCUGCACACACAUGGUUGUGUCUCCGUG